CUUCCCUGUUCUCCCUUUUCCAAAUUUCCCUUCUCCCUGUAUUUUUGCAUGUUGCUGAAUUGCUAAUCAAUAAAUUUGCCUUGUUGCUGAUCUAAAUGUUGCUGUAAAUCGGGACUUUACUAAGAUUUGUUAAUUAUGUUGCUGUAACUUGAAUUUGUUGCUUUCCAGUAACAGAAUCAUAACAGAAUGCUCAGUCAGUGCUUGGUUGAUUGGCUUUGCUCACUGAUUGUAUUUGAUGAUAGAUUUUAAAUUGAUAACUUUUAAAUUUUAAAUUUGCACUGCCCAUGUUAAUGAUUCACUGUUCCUUCUGUGUUUUUUGUUGUUGUUAAUUAUUGUGAUGAGCUUUGUUAAAAUUGGGUUGAAAAGUGUUAAUCUUUCUUCAUUUUUCAUUGUUCUUAACUUCUGUUCUUAUUAAAAAAUUGCAAUUGGUGAUCUUUUGAUUUAUUAUAUGCUUCAUGUUUUUAAUUUCACUCUGCUUCUAGGCUUUGAAAUCAGUUUAUGAUAACUGUGAUGCAAUUAUUUAGUUGGAUAACUGAUGUAAUUAUUGAGUUCAAGAGAUUGAGUUUUUCUGUUCUCAUUAUUAGUAAGACAUGGAUAGUUUAGAAUUUUCUAUUUCUUUCCCUUACUUCUGAAGUUCGUUAUUUCAAAAGGUUCAGUGUUGGCUUCAAGUUUCAAAUGGGAAUUGGGAGCUGGUGAAGAUAAUAACAUCUUCUGGAACUGAGUCUGAUCUAGAAUUAUGCUAGUACACAGUGAUGUUUGUUCCAUUUGGCUGGACUCAGUAAGACAACUGGGAAAUGUUCUUUUUUGGUCUGAUUAACUACAAUAUUUAACCUUGUUAAUCAUAUCUUGUACAAUUCAGACAAAAGCAGGGCCUAUUUUGGUUGCCAUAAAUUCCUUCAAGAAAAUUCCUCUGUAUGGUAAUGAUUGUAUUGAAGCCUACAAGCAUAAAAGAAUUAAAAGGGCCUGUUUUGUUUUACUUUUUGACUCAAUUACUUUAAGGCAAUAUUGUCUAUCUUUAACUUGUGCACUGCAAUUCAAUCCCAUUAUUUUUAAUGGAAGUAUAAUGAUGUUAAUUUUGCAUAUUUUGAUGAUUAAUUAAUUUCAUUUAGUUGGUGAUAGACUGAUAGUUUGUGUAGGGUUUUAAAUUUGAAAGAUAUUUUAUGAUGUUUAUUUAUAAUUUAUUUAUUAUUUUAUCAUGGAACGGUUUUUCCGGUUGAACCACGGUUAGACCGGUUGGACCAGUAAACCAGUGAACCAGUGACUAGAGCGGUUUGAUGACCGGUCCGGUUUUCAGAACCUUGCUUACAGCAUAGAACACACCACUUGAAUCUAUAGUGUUCUGGGUGUCGAACCUUCAAGCUUCUUCCUCAGUUUCAGAGUUACAAGCUCCUAUCUUCCUAAAAAAAAUGGCUUCGCUUUCUCUCAACAUGGUUUCAGUUCCACCAAGAACAACAACAAUCUCAUGCACAAGAACAAGGGUUCCUUCACUUCCUUUCUCAUUCACUACUUCAUGGUUUCAGGCACUGGAUAAGGCUCCAUUGAAAGAUGGUUCAAGCAUCAAUCAGCUUCUUGGUAUUAAAGGAGCUGCUCAAGAUUCAAAUAAAUGGAAGAUUCAAGUUCAAUUUACAAAAUUUGUCACUUGGCCUCCGUUGGUUUGGGGUGUAGUUUGUGGUGCCGCUGCUUCUGGAAAUUUCCAUUGGACUAUUGAGGAUGUUGCUAAAUCAAUUGCGGGCAUGUUGAUGUCUGGCCCGUUUCUAACAGGAUAUACUCAGACUAUAAAUGAUUGGUAUGACCGAGAAAUCCGAAUUCCUUCUGGGGUUAUAUCUGAGAACGAGGUUAUCACUCAAAUAUGGGUGCUGCUACUAGGAGGUCUUGGCUUGGCAGGUCUAUUAGACGUAUGGGUUGUAAAGUGGCGAUGUCCAAAGCAAAGCCUAUCUCCCAACCCCGAGCCCGGAUUUGGUUGUCCAAAGAAAAGCCUAGCUCCCAAUGCUGAUGCCGGUUUUGGAUUUCCAAAGAAAACCAUACCUCCCAAGAAAAGCCUUCCUCCUAACCCUGAUACUAGUUUCCAGAAAAUGGUCCUUUAUUUAGAGUCUAUAGGUCUAGACUCUUUCUCAGUUAUCGAAAAUCAUCCGAAGUUGAUCACUGCCUCCCUCGAUGACAUUAAAUCUACAGUGGAAUACAUUAUGUCCAUGGACUUCACCACGAUCGAGUUUCGACGCAUAGUUGGCAUGUGCCCAGAUGUUCUGACCACCCACGUCUCGGACAUCAUACCCGUCUUUACCUUCCUUCUCCGCGAGGCUCAUGUAAAAGGCUCAGAUAUUAAAAGGGUCAUACAUCGCCGCCCGAGGUUGCUUGUUUGCAGUGUCAAUAACCAACUCCGUCCUACACUUUACUACCUCCAAAGUAUUGGCAUAGAAGAGGUAAGUAGGCACACUGAUUUGCUAUCAUGUAGUGUCCAAGAAAAGCUUAUACCCCGAAUAGAUUACUUCGAGAAUAUCGGGUUUUCUCGACGCGAUGCAACUACCAUGUUCCGAAGAUUUCCUCCACUGUUUUGUUACAGUAUUAAGAAUAAUCUGGAGCCGAAAUACAAUUACUUUGUGGUGGAGAUGGGGAGAGAUUUGAAGGAGCUGAAGGAGUUUCCACAGUAUUUCUCAUUUAGCUUAGAGAACAGAAUUAAGCCGAGGCAUAAACGCUGCGUAGAAAUGGGGGUGUGUUUCCCUCUCCCUGUGUUGUUAAAGAUGACCGAAAUGAGCUUUCAAAAUAGGUUAGAUCUAUGUGUAAAUUCCUCAACACCCUUGAAAAAAUCUCCUCUCUGGUGUAAUGCUUGUGAUAUUCAAGUAUAGAGAAAAAAAUUAACAACAA